AUGCCAAAGCGAAACUCCGUCAUUGUUCUCUCAUCGGAUGAGGAACAAGAAACUCCCAAAACUCGUUCAUAUAGUUCGACCCGCACAAAGCCCAAGCCCAAGGCGAGUUCAUCGGGCUCCAGAGGAAGAAAGAAAGCCCGUGUUUCCAGUUCCGGGCCUCGUCUAUCUAAGCUUCAUGAGAUAAACUUGUUUGAUGAUGAUUUCAAUGAAGUGUUUACUAGGUCAAAGGUAUUCGCUGGUACUCAACAGAACAUUGCGGAGGAGCUAUGGGUUGAUAAAUACAAGCCACAUUCACUGGAAGAGCUUUCUGUUCACAAGAAAAAAGUUGAAGAAGUUAAGACUUGGUUUGAAGAAAGGUUGAAACCUUCAAAGGGUGUCUACAGAAAUAAUGUUCUUGUUGUCAGUGGGCAGGCAGGAGUUGGAAAAUCUGCUGCUAUUCAUGUAAUUGCUUCUCAUUUGGGUGCAAUGGUAUGUGGAUGGAACACACCUACACCUGUAAUUUGGCAAGAGCAUCUUUAUAACUCUGGAACAGCGACCAAAUACACUUCCAAGUUGGAUGAAUUUGUUAGUUUUGUUGAGAGAAUACGGAAAUAUGGAUUAAUACCAACUUCCUUUACCGGGGAAUCAAAGCCUUCCGUCAUAUUUUUAAUAGACGAUCUUCCCAUGAUGCAUAGUAAAGCUGCUUUAGGAAGGCUUAAAGAUUGCUUGCACCUUUUGGUGCACACAACUCAGAUACCCACAGCCAUAUUGGUGACAGAUUAUGGCAAUACUGAUUCAGCUGAUUAUAAUGCACGAUCCGUUGAAGAACUUAAAAUAUCUCUAGAACGUUCUGGGGCUUGUAAGGUCACAUUCAAUCCAAUUACAGUUAAUUCUAUUAAGAAGUUUUUCUGUGUGAACCCAGAUCAAGUGCAUUCUUUGUCUUUACCAACUCGCACUCCUCACGCAUUAAAAGAGAAAAGUAAUAAACCUGUUGAGUUAGAUGAUGGAUCUCCCUUGUACUUUGGAAGAGAUGAGACAGUAUCUUUAUUUCACGCCUUAGGGAAAUUUUUGCAUAAUAAGAGGGAGACUGGAGUUGCAGCAGAAUAUGACCAAAAUGGCUUUCUCAUGCAAGAAAUUUUUUCAAGAUUACCUUUAAAAAUGGAUGUCCCAGAGAAGAUUCUUUCUCAAAGCCAUGUGCAACCUGGUCCAGUUGCUGAUUUUCUGCAUGAAAAUGUUCUAGAUUUUUUGAAUGAUGAGGCAGUAGAGGAUGCAUGGAUUUUGUCUUCAUAUCUAGGUGAUUCUGACAUUCUUCUUGCUAAGCUUCGGGGUAUGCUAUCUAGUCAUAAUGAGGCAGAGAGUAUUUUACAGUCAGCUGCUGCGUCAAUUGCUGUUCGUGGGGUGCUGUUUGGAAAUUCUCAGCCAAUUUCUUCCAGGUGGCAUGCAAUUCGACGACCAAAACUCUGGCAGGUUCAGAAAGAAUCAUCAUACCACAAGAAUGAGAUGUUUAGGCAGAGAAUCCCGGCUUGUAAUCAGCUGAGUUCUUAUCAUAUGUCAGUUAUGGCCACAGAAUACAUGCCUAUGUUUAAAUUGCUUGGAAAUAGGGUUGGCAGUGCAUAUAAUGAACUAGAUCAGGAAUCAGCACAGAACUUGGAUAUGGAAGAUUUUGAUACUGACAAAAUGAGUUUAGAUGGUGAAGCAAUGGAGAUUUCCGAUGAUGACAUAGAAGACUGGUAG